AUGAAAGACGUCACAAGUUUAACAACCCCGGGUAACGCGCCAGGAACAUUGACGGAAAUGCCAGGAUACCUCUUCGGGGUAAAAUCGGAGUGGGAUCUAAAAGAUGUUGAUGAAUGUGAAACAUGCCCGCCACUGGGAACAUGUUCGACCGGAAGUAUUGGUUCGUAUGUCAAUACAACAAUAUCAACUGUGUGUAGAACAUCAGGUUGUGACGACCCGUUUGUAGAGGACAAUUUAGUUGUUUUAGGAACGCAAUAUAUCCCUCCAAAUAGCGUAAAGCAUUUAUGCGACACGGGUUAUGUAAUUAACAUUACUACAACUAACGUUGCACAUUGUCAGGAAAACGGGACAUGGACCCAUACUGGGUUUUCUUGCGAGUACGAUUGUGGAACAAUGGAAAUAGAAAACGGGCAAUUUUCAGCAAUUUCUGGAACAACUGAAAGAAGAAAUGCGACAGUAACUUGUGAUAUUGGAUAUUUAUUAUCGGGCAGUUCUUUCGUGACAUGUACAGAAUAUGGUUGGGACGGAAGUGCAGCGUGUAAUGUGAUAGAUUGUGGGCCGCCAGUAGUUGAUAAUGGCCAGUACACGGCAUCAUCUGGGACAACUUAUGGAAUGUUAGCAACACUUUAUUGUAACCCUGGUUACGAUUUCUCGGGAGAUACCGUCGCUACUUGUACUGUAAAUGGAUGGGACGGAAGUGCCACGUGCACCCCAAUGGAUUGUGGACAGCCACCAUCCUUCGAUAACGGGCAGGUAGAUACGUCCGGUGGUACGAUCUUAGGGAACAUUGCAAUAUUUAGCUGUGAACAAGGGUAUGCUAACGUCGGCGACACGUCAACAACUUGUUCUCCUAGUGGUUGGGAUGGCAGUGCCUCGUGCUUGUUCGUUGAUUGUGGGCCGCCAGUAGUUGAUAAUGGCCAGUACACGGCAUCAUCUGGGACAACUUAUGGAAUGUUAGCAACACUUUAUUGUAACCCUGGUUACGAUUUCUCGGGAGAUACCGUCUCUACUUGUACUGUAAAUGGAUGGGACGGAAGUGCCACGUGUACACCUAUGGACUGUGGACAGCCACCACCCUUCGAUAACGGGCAGGUAGAUACGUCAGGUGGUACGAUCUUAGGGAACACUGCAAUAUUUAACUGUGACCAGGGGUAUGCUAACGUCGGCGACACUUCAACAACUUGUUCUCCUAGUGGUUGGGAUGGCAGUGCCUCUUGCGUUGGAUGUCCCGCCAGCAAUCAAACACUGUAUGAAAUGUCAUGUUAUGUAGUUGUCACCACCAAAAUGUCAUGGGCAAAUGCAAAGUGGAACUGUGAAUCGUUAGGCGGACAUCUUGCCGAUAUUAAGUCACAAGAGGAGCAAUCAUUUAUAAGGUCGCUUAUCAGUUCAACUAGCAACGGCGGCAGUCACUGGCUUGGUGGUAACGACAAAGUCCAAGAAGGUCAGUUUCGAUGGUCAGACAACACAAGAGUUUCAAAUGGUUAUAGGAAUUGGCAACCAGGGCAACCGGAUUCAUCGUCUGGGGGCGAAGAUUGCAUGGAUCUUAUUCCAGAUAAAUUUAAUUAUCGUUGGAAUGACAAUGUGUGCACGUACACAUAUCGUUCUAUAUGUCAAAUCGAUCUUUAAAGUAACCGUUUUUUUUUUCUUUUUCUGUUACAUUCAUCUGUAAAUAUUUACUGAAAAAAGUUCUUGUUACAUGAAAUGCAUGUUUUUAUGCGCUGCAAGGUUUGGCUUGAUUGACUAUGGACCUUCACAACUUGUGAAGCCAAUGUCGUGGUCAAAAUUGUGAAAAUAUUUAUAUAGAUAUUGAAACGAUAUAUUGCUUCUCAAGUCUGUGCUUUG